AUGUUUUCCGGACGAAAAGUGAAGUGGAAUCAUUUUGGAAAAAAGUACGCGCUACGUUUUAGCGAUUACGAACUCGAAUAUGCGGAUCUUUAUGAUGCAUUUAUGAAGAAAGUGCACGAAAUAAGACCAGAUUUCGAAGGUGCCAUCGCUUAUAUCGACCAAUAUGGCAGACAGGUAAUUGUCAACAAUGACAAGGAUCUACGUGAAGCACUUAGCCAGUCCAAAGGAAAACUCAAAUUGCAUACAACGUUGGCCGACGGCCAAAUAUUGUCCGCAGCAGAAGUCGCUGGACGACAAAAGCGAUCA